UCAGAAACUCAGUCAGGAGUUGCGACAGUGAUUAGUGGAGAGAAUACUAGUUAUAACCUUUCUUUCUACGCACGGAACGUAAAGUUCACGCUUUGUUUCUGUGCUUUUUUACGCUUUUUCAUCCUCUUUAGCAGACAUUUUAAUUAACGUUUAAAGUCUGAACUUGCCGUUUUUCCUGUGAAGAAGAGAAGCGAUGGAUUUGGUGUGUUUGGUGUAUUUGAUGCUGAGCAUCAGUGCUUGGUUUGCGUCUGCGGAGAGACACAGCGUCUACUGGAACAGCUCGAACCCGCUCUUCCUGUGGGAUGACUACAGGGUCGAAGUACAUAUCAACGACUAUCUGGACAUCAUCUGUCCCCACUACACCCAUGGAGAGGUGCCACCUCAUGCAGCCGAGCGCUAUGUGCUCUACAUGGUGGAGAAGGAGGACUAUGAUGUGUGCAAACCGCAUUCUUUCGACCAGCUGCGUUGGGAGUGCUCACGCCCAUUCGCUGCCCACGUUCCAGAGAAAUUCUCUGAAAAAUUCCAGCGUUUUACUCCCUUCACCCUAGGAAAGGAGUUCAGACAGGGGGAGAGCUAUUAUUAUAUCUCAAAACCAAUGCACCACCAUGGCCAGGAUUGUCUCCGACUUAAAGUAGACGUCAUUGGGCGUAAAGGCUCGGGAAAGAAUCACCAAGAUAAAUCCAAGAGCGACGAUGUGGGAAAAAGCACAGAUGGGGAAAAAGUGAAGUUUCCUGCAACAGGAGGAGUUCACAAUCUGAACAACCGGCUCCCAGCAGAUGACCCUGCUGUGAUGGAGCCAAACGUACAGAGGAGCAUCGGCAGUUCAGGAGCACAGCUGGUCUCCUUUUCCAUCUUCUUCACAAUGAUCCCGGUCUUAUUAGCUCUCUUGCUACAUUAAGACUGCACCACAACAAAGACAAUGCUAACCCAAUGCUGGCCAUUGGGACUAUGGACAUUCAGAGAUUUUUAUACAGAUUUUUUAUACGAGCAUGGACAGUUUUGUGAGUGUGUGUUUGCGUGUUUGUGUUUGUGUGAUUGAGGAACGUUGAUCGUUUCAAAGAAGAGGACCUCAAAGAAGACUUCUUAUUACUUUAAAAUGAGGAUGGAAGUUCUCAUUUUGGACACUUUUUUUCAGUUGUAACAAAUCUUCAAGCAAGCGAACUGAUCAAAAUAUUUCAUGGAUAAACACUACACUGAAGAAGAAAGCACUGCAUUGUUUUUGUUGGCCUAUUUUCCCCAAAUUUUCCACCAUUGGUACAGAUUUGUCAAGUUUCCCUAAUAUUGAACUGUUUCCAUUGUUUUCUCUGCACACAGAGAAUUAUGAAAUCUGUGUAAUGGAAAUGUUGUCUGCUACUGCCAAAGUGGUUUACAUUUUGUAGGCUUUUUUGUCAUGUUUUUGUGUAGCACUCAGCUCCCUGUUACCCCUCCUAAAACCUAUAAAAUGAACAUAAUCUCA